ACAUAGGCCAAAAGAAACAGCAAGUGGGUGACCAUAAUUGUUUUGAAAUUGUUUAUACAUUCGCCUAAGAGUUCACGUUAACCAGGGUAAAGCGAAGUUAAAAUGCUACAACUAUGCCCUCGUUUGGUAUCGAAACCAAUUAUUAAUUAUUAUACCAAUUAUCGAAUGUUGACGACUUCAUACGCCCGGAUACAAUCUGCAACCGUUCCCUCCGAUGGCAAAACAAACGAUGACCAAGUGGUGGACCAGUUUACCCAGGAGUUUCUGCGAAAUCAGAUCAAGGUUAGCGAACUACAAAGACUUAUCCUUAGCGUUGGAAGUUCAAUGGCUGCUUUGAUUGAUCCGCGAAGACAUGAUAUGAUCGCUUGUUUAGGAGAAACCACUGGCAGAGAGGCACUUGAGAAUAUAAAACAUGUCAUGGAAGCUAAUGAAGAAGGUCGGCAAAUUCUUUUAGAAAAGCCGCGCAUUAACACACGUACAGUGGACAUGGAAGCAUUGGAACGGCUUCCGGAAAAUACUUUCGGCCAUUUGUACGUCACAUUCAUGAAGGAAAAUAAUAUCACACCUGACUCACGGAUGGAGACCCGAUUUCUUGACGAUCCGGAGCUCGCGUACGUUAUGACACGCUAUCGCGAAACUCACGAUAUGGUCCAUGCUGUUUUUGGUAUGCCAACUAAUAUGCUGGGAGAGGUAACGAUCAAAUGGAUCGAAGCGCUCAAUACGGGUCUUCCCAUGUGUUACGGUGGCGCCGUUUUUGGGGCAUUCCGACUUCGCCCCAAACAACGUCAAAACUAUCUUCGACAGUACCUGCCUUGGGCACUUAGAAGUGGAAGGCGCAUCAGGCCCCUGAUGACGGUGUACUGGGAGAAAAGGUGGAAACAAGAUAUCACCGAGUUACGCAAAGAACUUAACAUCGAACUAAUAAAGUGUUGAUCCUGCCAGAGUACUUCGCCAGUAGUGUAAUGAUUUUUUUUCUAAUUAAAACAAUGUCUUUUGUUAUUUCAACAAAUUACCUUUUUGCGCUGUAUCAUAUAACGUGUUAGUUGUAUCAA